CUGGGGGUCGGAAGGAUGCGCGUUGAAAGGCUUGUCUGCGGAGUAGCGUGUUGGGUUCUAGAGAGUGGCGAACGAAUGAGCAAGUUGUCCGAGGAAAGUCGGAGAAAGUUUAGGGGUUAGGUUAAGCGAGAUGGAAAAUGGGGGUGUAGAUAAUUGGAGAAGGAUUUGAGGGGUGGGAACCCAGUCUGUGUUCUUGGAUAAAGAGCCUCAGGGCUGAAACCCCCUUUCAGUCUCGUUGUCUCCAUCUGGCUUGGCGCACGUCUCUGGGGGCAAGUGCUGAGCUGCCUCUUGUGUCUCGUAGAUUCCAGAAUCUUCCGCUCUUGAGCCCGGUGCAGGGAGACCAUGCCGAGACCCAGGAAGAGGCUGCAUGGGACUGCUGGGCAAGACAAGGAGGGACCAGCAGGAAAGCGUACCAAGGCUAAGAACCCUGGUGAGGCACCAGCUACGAUGGAGAAAUCCAGCCCUCGGGAGACUUCAGCCCUUAAAAAGUGUGGGAACAAUGUGAGCAGCUACUGGCUGAUGAAGUCAGAGCCAGAAAGCCGCCUGGAGAAAGGUGUGGAUGUGAAGUUCAGCAUUGAGGAUCUCCAAGCCGAGCCCAAGCAGAUGACAUGCUGGGAUGGUGUUCGCAACUAUCAGGCCCGGAACUUCCUGAGAGCCAUGAAGCUGGGGCAAGAAGCCUUCUUCUACCACAGUAACUGCAAAGAGCCAGGCAUCGCAGGACUUGUGAAGAUUGUGAAGGAGGCUUACCCAGACCACACACAGUUUGAGAAAAGCAACCCCCAUUAUGAUCCAUCCAGCAAAAAAGACAACCCCAAAUGGUCCAUGGUAAAGAUGAUUUUUCCUACUUCACGAGGGGAAGGAUGGACAGAGAGGGAAAGAGGAGGCUGGGGGAGGUGUGUGUGUGACAGGUCACAGAGCUCAGCUCUGACUCGGACGGGGCUACCCCGACUUUGGAGAACAGAACACCUACAAGCAGCUAACAUAGCGGACAGAGUCCAGCGGCACGUCCUUCUGUCCCACACACUUGUCAUGCAGGUGGAUGUCCAGUUCGUUCGGAUGAUGAAGCGUUUCAUUCCCCUGGCUGAGCUCAGGACCCAUCACCAAGCUCACAAAGCCACCGGUGGGCCUUUACAGAACAUGGCGCUCUUCACGCUCCAGAGGCUCUCGGUUCAGCCCCUGACCCGAGGUAAGACAGGCCCUGUCCUCGGUCACCCGCAUGCCAGAGUGACGCUGGCAACUCACCUUUGCUAACUGCCCAGCCCUGGGCACAGUACUUACCCUGCGUCUGUCUCCUCACCUGUAUUGUCCCUGCGGGAGGAGGCAUGUCCUGAGUCACCCAUCGCUGUGUAUGCAGUGCCCAGCAGUGCAUGCGUGGCACAUAGUAACGCACUCCAUAAGUGGGUUUUGAAUAACACGAGCGAUGCUUAGCUUAGCUUAGCUUCCCCGUUCAAGAGGAGACACAAGACCUAAUUCUUCCUUUCUUUUCCCCCCUUUUUUGGUAGAGGAGUUCGAUUUUAUUUUGAGCCUGGAGGAAAAGGAACCAAGUUAGCCGAGAUACUUGCUGGAAUGGGCAAGACGUUACUCCAAAGACAACAGGGUGUGCGGAGGCUUGCUUGUUAGGUUCAUCUGAGGUUGUGUCCAUAGGUGGGUUUUCUGUACUUUUCUCAAUAAAACACUAAUAUCAGA